AUGAGACCAGGGAAGCCAAGACGUGGGCCUACAACUAGCAGUCUGAAGGGACCAGGAAGGCAAAGAGGUGGGUCUACAACUAGCAGUCUGAAGGGACCAGGGAGGCCAAGAGGUAGGUCUACAUCUAGCAGUCUAAUGAGACCAGGGAAGCCAAGAGGUGGGUCUACAACUAGCAGUCUGAAGAGACCAGGGAGGCCAAGAGGUGGGCCUACAACUAGCAGUCGAAAGGAACCAGGGAGGCCAAGAGGUGGGUCUACAACUAGCAGUCUAAUGAGACCAGGGAAGCCAAGAGGUGGGUCUACAACUAGCAGUCUGAAGGGACCAGGGAGGCCAAGAGGUGGGUCUACAACUAGCAGUCUAAUGAUACCAGAGAAGCCAAAAGGUGGACCUACAACUAGCAGUCUGAAGGAACCAGGGAGGCCAAGAGGUGGGUCUACAACUAGCAGUCUGAAGGGACCAGGGAGGCCAAGAGGUGGGUCAACAACUAGCAGUAUAAUGAGACCAGGGAAGCCAAGAGGUGGGCCUACAACUAGCAGUCAAAAGGGACCAGGGAGGCCAAGAGGUGGGUCUACAACUAGCAGUCUAAUGAGACCAGGGAAGCCAAGAGGUGGGUCUACAACUAGCAGUCUGAAGGGACCAGGGAGGCCAAGAGGUGGGUCUACAACUAGCAGUAUAAUGAUACCAGGGAAGCCAAAAGGUGGACCUACAACUAGCAGUCUGAAGGAACCAGGGAGGCCAAGAGGUGGGUCUACAACUAGCAGUCUGAAGGGACCAGGGAGGCCAAGAGGUGGGUCUACAACUAGCAGUAUAAUGAGACCAGGGAAGCCAAGAGGUGGGCCUACAACUAGCAGUCGAAAGGGACCAGGGAGGCCAAGAGGUGGGUCUACAACUAGCAGUCUAAUGAGACUAGGGAAGCCAAGAGGUGGGCCUACAACUAGCAGUCGAAAGGGACCAGGGAAGCCAAGAGGUGGGUCUACAACUAGCAGUCUAAUGAGACCAGGGAAGCCAAGAGGUGGGCCUACAACUAGCAGUCUGAAGGGACCAGGGAGGCCAAGAGGUGGGUCUACAACUAGCAGUCUAAUGAUACUAGGGAAGCCAAAAGGUGGGCCUACAACUAGCAGUCUGAAGGGACCAGGGAGGCCAAGAGGUGGGUCUACAACUAGCAGUCUGAAGGGACCAGGGAGGCCAAGAGCACCGGGGAGCCAAUCAGUUUCCACGUACAUUGGUCCUAGUGACUAUUUUAGAUCCUACAAUAUAAAACUGAACUCCAGACAGAUACAGUGCUUUGCAAAAUGA